AUGCACCUACAGGGACGACCUGACUCGGUCGGAUCUCCGACGCAUGCCGCGACCGCACAACAUCAGCGGCAGCACAAUAACUAUCAUCAUCAAGAACAAGUGCCUCAGCACCAAGCGCAUACACGCCAUGACACACAACAGGACCAGCAACAGCACCACUACGCACACCAGAAAAUGCAACAGCCUCCACAGAACGGCCAGCAACUUUCGUAUCCUCGUCAACAGGACGAACACGACCACGAACAGCAACAGCGACAGCUAUAUCAACAACAACUGCAGCAACAGCAGCAGCAAUUCCAGCAACAAUUGCAGAACCAACAACUGCAGCAGCAGCACUUUCAACAACAGCCGUUCCAACAAGCUCAGCAGCACAGUUUCCUGUCCAAUGCCGGCUUCCAACAACCGCAACGUGGCUAUGUAUCCAAUUAUGGGCUACGUAUGGCGGCUGGUGGUGGCUCAAACAGCAAACAACAGUCAAUGCCAUCAUAUGGGACCGCUUACAGUCCACCCAUGGGCUCAGGAUAUCUGCCGAGCCCUGUUCCACAAUCUGUGGUCAAUAAUGAAAAGCCUCUGGAGAUGUAUCGUGGCUUACAACAGCUUCCAGUUUUCCAUUCUGCACAGUCGCAACCGUCAUCGGCUCUUGAUUCUGAAGGAGCAUGGAAAAAGCGAUCUUACAUGGACUACUCUGAAUCUCACCCUGCAUUGUCCAAAGAGUCGGCGUUCAACAAAGAACGCAGUAACGGUUCACACACAAAAAAAAACGGAAAUGAAGCGAUUCUUCGAGAGCUGGCGUUGAAAAACAAAUCAAAGUCUCCCUUAGAAUGUGCUAUGACGGUACGAGAAGCAGAACUUGCUGUUUUGAAUAUGGAUCCAUCUACUCACACAAAAGCAGAAAUUCAAGCCGCAGAACAGGUUCGUGAACGCGAAAGACAAGUCUACGCUCUGACCUGGUUGAUGGAUAGUUGCGUCGAAGAAAAGAACAGCUUUGUUCCCCGUGGUCGUAUUUUUGCUCAGUACGCUGCAUGCUGUGCCCAAAACAACUUGAAACCCCUGUCACAGGCCACUUUAGGCAAACUUAUAAGGUCUAUUUUUCCGGACCUCACAACGAGACGUUUGGGUAUGCGGGGCCAAUCAAAAUAUCACUAUUGUGGCCUAAAUUUGAUAAGCCCCUCUAGAUCGACCUCACCUAAUCCCUCGUUUCGAAACUUUGAAGCUGGCAAUAACGAUGACGCCAAUCCAGUCAACGAAAUACCCAAUAACCGUCAUGAACCCCACAAUCACCAACUCCCUGACAAUGCACAGGACCGAGACAAAAAUGCGUCUCUGUAUCCCUCGAUAUCUUCUACAAGUCUGCCUGCCUCAAAUUCUACAACACCACUAAUUUUUCAAGAUAAUUAUCAGAGAAGCGAAGGACAAGCAAAAGACACCGCCAGGUGGAAGUCCUUGAAGGUUGCAGAGGAAUUGUUCGUCAACACAUCAAACGUGGAUAUUAAUGUGUCGCUUGAAAUCCCCUCUAUCACCCCACAUUUGCCACCAAAUACCGAUAAGGAUAUUGCAUCUUCUUUAGAGUGCAUGUACAAAGUGCACUGUAAUACAGUUCAAGAAAACUUCAGUUUUGCGAAGUUUGAUGCCUUAACCAAUACUUUGGAGUCGUUUAGCUCAACUUCAAUCUCACCACAAAUGUUCAAUUUGUUUAUAUCGGAAUUUGUUUAUGAUUGGGUUAACCAGGCGGACUGGGUGACCCACAAGGCUUCCAUUAAGUCACUAGCAAAGUUCAUUAAAGAGUUUGCAACGAUCCCUUCCUCUGUAUCUGACAAACUGAUUAAUCUCUCGCGCACCUAUUCAGAUGUUAUAUCCAAUGCAAACAUUGAUUUACCAGUUCCUAUGGUAAAGAAUAAAGUGAUGGUUGCCGAGAAAUUUUCGAAACUUGUCAAGCGGUCAACUCGCGUUAUUAGAACUGCCAAGAGUGCUUCCAAAGCCUAUAAAACAAAAUCGUCAAGAGAAGACAUGUACCAAGAUUGGAAAAAAUUCAUCGACUCUAGCGAAAUUUGCCGGACCGAACUUUUUUGUUGCUCAGAAGAUGAAACUUCCUUGAAGGAGAUUUCCAACUUCAUUUUACAAACAAUAGACAAUUUUUUCAACCGAGAUGAACAUUCGAUUAGUGACAAUUUCCCAAUUGAUCUGGCGGUUCAGGUAUUAUCUUUCUUGGUGAAAAUUCAUGAUCAGCCCGCUUCAAUUAUUAUUGCCAACGUUAAUGUAUUCACCACUGGGGUCAUUCGUGAAUUAAGUAUUAUGGGUUCUGAAAAUGCUGGUUCUUGGUGGGCCAUCAAGACUUUUAUAGAUGAAUGGCUCCGUUGGUGCGAUGAGAUUGGCACUUUCAUGAUGUCUUCAAAUUAG